AUGGAUUACAUGAACCUGGGGCUCAAAUCCCGUAAAACUGGUAUUGAUGUCAAAGAAAACAUACCCAAAGAUGAGUACAGUAUGGAGAAUAUUGAUGAUUUUUUUAAAGAUGAUGAAACUAGCCUUAUCAGUAUGAGAAGAAAAAGCAGAAGAAAAUCAUCAUUAUUUUUACCGUCAUCAUUAAACAACAACACUAAUAAUAUACUACCACCUUUUCUACAAUCAUAUCAACCUCAAGAAAAAGAAGCUGCUCAGAAUCCACCCAGCGAUAAUGAUGGCUCAAGACGAUCAUCUUUGCUGAGUCAUCAAUCAAACUUCCAAAGCCCAGGUAAUGAUUUCGAGCCUAUCCAAGAGGAGCCAGAAGAGGAAGAAAAAAGUAAAAAGAGCAAUGGAUUUGUCACGCCAACAACACAAAAAUUAAGUAAGCCUAUUUUCAAGAGGAAAUAUUCCACCCAUUAUAACCUUGAUGCUUCUGACAGUCUCUCGGUAAAGUUGACACCAGAUAGAAUCACUAAUAAAAACGUGUACACAGAUGUUCCUGAUUUGAUUGCUGAUGAAGGGGACGACGAUAGGGGAAACACUUCUUUGAACACAUCUGAUAAUGCAUUAUUAGAGGAUGAGCUGGAAGAUGACGGGUUCAUACCUGAAAGUGAGGACGAUGGAGAUUAUAUUGAAAGUGACUCGUCUUUGGAUUCUACGUCGGAAAUUCCAAGCGACUCAGAUGGUGAUGGUAACUAUCAGGGGGCGGAAGAAGAGAUUCCAGUGGAUGCGAAUGACAAUGAAAAUGAUUAUAUAACACGACAGGCAAAUGGUGUGGUUAGGACAGAUUCCAUAAUAGAUAGAAAUGGACUGCGAAAAUCGACAAGGGUUAAGGUUGCACCUUUGCAAUAUUGGAGAAACGAGAAAAUAGUAUAUAAGAGGAAAUCAAACAAACCAGUUCUCGAUAUAGACAAAAUUGUCACGUAUGAUGAAUCGGAAGACGAGGAGGAAAUAUUGGCAGCUCAAAGAAGGAAAAAACAGAAAAAAAAACCAACACCAACUAGACCAUACAAUUACGUCCCCACGGGAAGACCAAGAGGAAGACCAAAGAAGAAUCCAGAUACGAAGGAGAAUCUGAUUCCAGAAGAUCCUAACGAGGAGAUUAUAGAAAGAAUCGAAUCUGGAGGCAUUGAGAACGGGGAAUGGUUGAAGCAUGGAAUACUGGAGGCCAAUGUGAAAAUCAGUGACGAUAGAGAGGAGACCAGGGACGAAAUUAUUGCGUUUGCGCCCAAUUUAUCACAAGCGGAACAAGUAAAGGAUACAAAGGAUGAGAACUUCGCUCUUGAGAUAAUGUUUGAUAAGCAUAAAGAAUACUUUGCAAGUGGGAUAUUAAAAUUGCCAGCUAUAUCUGGACAAAAAAAAUCAAGCAACUCAUUCAGGACGUAUAUCACAUUUCAUGUGAUACAAGGAAUAGUUGAAGUUACCUUAUGUGCGAACAGAUUUUUGAGCGUCAAAGGUUCUACUUUUCAAAUACCAGCAUUUAAUGAUUAUGCGAUUGCCAAUAGGGGAAAUGAUGAAGCCAAAAUGUUCUUUGUGCAAGUGACCGUUUCGCAAGACGCCGAUGAUACAGAGAAAGGACUGGAUACUACGUUUGAUACUUUUGGGUAA